UGUACCGUGAUGACUGUCAAAGUCUCAGGGAAACCUAAUUUUCGGAAGUGGUGAGUUCUGAGAGAAGUUCCUGCACCCGAGUACCCCGAGUCUGCGAAUUCCAAACCAUGAGCACCUCGGGCGUGCUGUCCUUUACCCAGCAAGGCUGGGAGCAAGUGCUGGUCAAAGUGAAACGGGCUUUGGUCUACCUGGACGCCGCCUGCGCGGAGAGCCUGCACUGGGGCUGCGGAUCUACGCGGCUCAUGGAAGCGGUGGGGGGUCCUGCGUGUCACCUGCGAGAGUUCGAGCCCAACGCAGUUGGUGGUGGAGCCGAGCAGCCCAAGGCGGUGUUUGUGCUGAGUUGCGUCCUAAAAGGCAGGACUGUGGAAACUUUACGAGAUAUCAUCUGCCGCAGUCACUUUCAGUAUUGUGUGGUGGUUACGGCCGUGAGCCACGCUGUCCACCUCACGGCUAAUCAUGUGCCAGCGGCGGCAGCGGCCGAGCUGGAGGGGCAGCAGCCGGUAUUUGAGCAGCUGGAGGAGAAGCUGUGUGAGUGGAUGGGCAACAUGAACUACACUGCCGAGGUGCUGCACGUCCCGUUGUUGCUCGCCCCUGCUGCUCCCCACCUUGCCUUGACUCCAGCCUUUGCUUCCCUUUUCCCUCUCCUACCUCAGGAUGUGCAUCUCCUUAAUAGUGCCCGACCGGAAAAGAGGAGGCUGGGGAGCCUGGGUGAGGUGGAUGCCACCACUCUAACCCCAGAGCUGCUGCUGCAGAUCAGGUGCCUGGUGUCAGGCCUCAGUUCUCUGUGUGAACAUUUGGGGGUACGGGAGGAGUGUUUUGCCGUGGGUUUCCUCAGUCGGGUCAUCGCUGCAGAUCUGGCCAAUUAUGCCCCUGCCAAGAACAGGAGGAAGACUGCCCCAGGCAGGGCAUCAGUGGUCUUUGUGGAUAGAACUCUGGAUCUCACAGGAGCAGUUGGACAUCAUGGGGACAACUUAGUAGAGAAGAUCAUUUCAGUGCUUCCCCAGCUUCCAGGCCACACAAAUGAUGUGAUGGUUAACAUGGUAGAGCUCACUGCACUCCAGGCUGAGGAGGACAAUCAGAAUAUUGUUGCACCAGGCUGUCUUGCACAAUCCAAUGAUACAGAAGCCAAAGCCCUGUGGGAAGCCUUACUAACCACCAAGCACAAAGAGGCAGUGAUGGAAGUUCGGAGACAUCUAGUGGAAGCAGCAAGCAGAGAAAGUCUCCCAAUCAAGAUGAGUAUGGGUAGAGUCACUCCAGGGCAGCUCACAUCCUAUCUUCAGCUCUUCAAGAACAACCUCAAAGCUCUAAUGAAUCAUUGUGGGCUCCUACAGCUUGGGCUGGCCACAGUUCAAACUUUGAAACACCCACAGACUGCCAAAUGGGACAACUUUCUGGCUUUUGAAAGGCUCCUUCUCCAGAGCAUUGGGGAGUCGACGAUGUCUGUUGUGCUAAAUCAGCUGCUGCCCAUGAUUAAGCCUUCAACCCAGAGGACCAAUGAUGACUAUAGCCCUGAUGAUCUGCUGAUCCUACUCAUAUACAUUUAUUCUGUAACUGGAGAGUUCACGGUGGACAAAGACCUGGGUGAGGCUGAAGAAAAAGUGAAGAAAGCAUUGGCUCAGGUCUUCUGUGAGGAGUCUGAGUUGUCCCAUUUACUGCAAAAAAUCACAGGCUGUGACUCUUCAAUUAACCUGACAUUUCACAAAUCCAAAAUUGCCGUGGAUGAACUCUUUACUUCACUUUGGGAUAUUGCUGGAGCUCGGAAUCUCAUGAAACAGUUUAAGUCUGUAUAUGUUCCUGGAAAUCAUACCCACCAGGCAUCUUAUAAACCAUUGUUGAAGCAGGUUGUGGAGGAAAUAUUUAAUCCCGAGAGGCCAGAUCCUGUUGAUAUUGAACACAUGUCUUCAGGCCUUGCUGAUCUCCUUAAAACUGGAUUUAGCAUGUUCAUGAAGGUGAGCCGGCCUCAUCCCAGCGACCACCCCCUCCUGAUCCUCUUUGUGGUAGGUGGGGUCACGGUCUCUGAAGCCAAAAUGGUCAAGGACCUUGCGGCAUCCCUGAAGCCAGGAACCCAGGUAAUCGUGCUGUCCACGCGACUCCUGAAGCCGCUUAACAUUCCUGAGCUAUUAUUUGCAACAGACCGGCUACAUCCAGACAUUGGCUUCUGAGCUUCUGCUAAGAAGAUAAGACCUGCCGAAGCUGGAAAUAUCCAAUACUAUAAUCUGUCACCAUUCCAGAUUUGCCUCCAAAAGCAGUGUCCCUGUUACUAAUUGUGGGUAUGACUACAUUCUGCCCGAGGGACCUUGAUAACCACACAACGAGGUAUUUUGCAUGGAUUGCUCAUAUUCUUAAAAAAAAAAAUUGUUUUUCAUUUUUCUAAAGGUGUCAAGCUGUCUUUCGGCUGGCCUAAUCAAGGAUUUUUCCAUUUAUCCUCAACCCUCUAUUUGUGAUCUUUCUGAUUUCACCUGCAAGUUCAUUAGUUCUAAAUAAAAGCCUGUUGACAAGUGUUGGUAGAUUACAUGUACUUUGAU